AGUUUAAUUAUAUAAACUGCGUUCCAAAAGGAAGUUCUUUGGAACCUUACUACGGGACACAGCCCAAGAUCAAACCUGCCAGAACUCAACACCCUGCACCAUCAUUCCGUACAGAAGCCGGGACCCCAGACAAUCCUAUCCCAACUGACCAUCGGGAGAACUUAGUCUGCUUUGUCGGAAGUGCACCCAGCCCCAUGGACCGGACUGGCCCCGGCUCGGGCAACAGCUUCCCAGCGCUGAUCCGCAAGAAGCGGGACGGGGAGAAGCUGCGGGAUGAGGAGAUUCGCCACUUCGUCCGGGCCGUGACCCGUGGGGGGCUCCAGGAGGGGCAGAUGGGGGCCAUGCUGAUGGCCAUCCGGCUGCGGGGCAUGGAUCCGGACGAGACGCUGACUCUGACCCGGGAGAUGGCGGUGUCGGGAAGGGUCCUGGAGUGGCCCGACAGCUGGCAGAGGCUCCUGGUCGACAAACAUUCCACGGGGGGCGUGGGAGACAAGGUCAGCCUGCCCCUGGCCCCGGCCCUGGCUGCCUGCGGCUGUAAGGUGCCCAUGAUCAGUGGCCGGGGACUGGGCCAUACCGGGGGCACGCUGGACAAGCUGGAGUCCGUGCCGGGGUUCAACGUCUCUCAGAGCCCCGAGCAGAUGAGGUGCAUCCUGGAACAGGUGGGGUGCUGCAUCGUGGGGCAAAGCGAGGAGCUGGUCCCUGCGGACAAGGUGCUCUACGCCCUGCGGGAUGUCACGGCCACCAUCGACAGCCUGCCCCUCAUCACAGCUUCCAUUCUGAGCAAGAAGGCAGCAGAGAAGGUCUCGGCCCUGGUGCUGGACGUGAAGUUCGGCAGCGCUGCCCUCUACACCAGCCUGGACAGCGCCCGGACCCUGGCCCAGAGCCUGGUGUCGGUGGGCAGCCGGCUGGGGAUCUGCACGGUGGCCAUGCUCAGCAGGAUGGACGGGCCCCUGGGGCAGCGCGUGGGCCACUCCCUGGAGGUGCUGGAGGCCCUGCAGUGCCUGGAGGGCCAGGGGCCAGCGGAUCUGCAUCACCUGGUCACCACUCUAGGUGUGGGGAGCUCCAGAAUGGCAGCGCUGGGGGGACAAGAGCUGCCCAAGGGUUAAUGCUAUCCCUGGACAGCGAUGAGUAUGGGCGGCGGGUGAACGGGGGCUUGGGGAGGCUAGCCCCCAGCUG